AAGGAAAAAGAGUGAGAAAAGUGAGUGAGAAAGAAAGAGAUAGAGAGAGGGAGAUAAAGUGAAACUUGAAUUAUAUGUUUACAAGUUAGUUUUGUAAUAAACGUUUGUAAAGAAACUUUGGAUAAUUUUGUUAACAUAUAUUUGCUUUCAUUUUUGUGCCUUUUUUAAUGUUUAAUAAUCAAAUUUGUGCUCAUUUUCAGUAAAAAUUUGUUCAAUUUAACCUUGACUUGAACAAGCAACCAGACAAAUCAAGCGUCAUUGCCUGAAAUCAUCAAAUACACUUUCAUCAGAUACCAGUAUAAGGCUUAAAAGUGUCUCACAUUUUGAAUGAUUUAACCAUGGAUCUAAAUGUGUUCAAUGAAACUUGGGAUGUAUUUAAUCAACUAUUCGAUGGAGGCAAAAAGCCCUAUUUGGCCAGCAUCGAGAGUCUAGAAGACUGUGGUGAUGAGGAAUUAAACGUUAAUAUUGCCACCAUCAACAACAAUGCCAUGGAUGAUGGAAAUAUUUCAACAAAUUGUCUUAAAUUAAGGCAUAUUGAACGUGUCAUUAUGGAAAUAGUUGAAACCGAAAGGACUUAUGUACAGGAUUUAUCAGAGAUAAUUGAAGGAUAUCUUAUUUAUUUAAAAAAGUUUAUUAAUCAAAGUUCAUCAUCAUCAUCAUCACCGUCAUCACCGUCAACAUCAUCGUCAUCUUCAACAUCAUCAUCAACUUCAUCAUUAUCAACCUCAACAUCAACAUCACCAUCAUCGUCGCCAAAAAAGUGUUUCAUUUGUUUGGAUCAACUAAACAAUCUUUUUGGAAAUAUUGAAGACAUAUUUGAAUUCAAUUCAAAAUUUCUGAGUCAACUGGAAGAAUGUGAUUUAAUACCGAGUCGAAUAGCCAAAUGUUUUGUCCAACAGUCAAAAGGUUUUGAAGUGUAUACACAAUAUUGUACCAAUUAUCCUCGAACCGUUUCCUUGCUCACUCAUCUGAUGACAAACAAGGAAACUGCAGAGAUAUUCCGAGAGAGGCAGUUAUUUUUGAAACACAGUCUUCCUUUAGGUUCCUAUCUUCUUAAACCAGUUCAAAGAAUCCUCAAGUAUCACCUUCUCCUUCAGAAUAUUGUGAAAGAUGAAGAAGAAGAUAUCGAUGAUAUACGCCAAGCACUUUCCGUGAUGACCAACAUUGCGGCUCACAUCAACGAAAUGAAAAGGAAACACGAACAUGCAGUUCGUGUCCAAGAAAUUCAAAGUUUACUCUGUGGUUGGAUGGGACAAGAUUUAACAACAUAUGGCGAACUGGUUGCCGAAGGUUCUUUCCGUAUGCUUGGAGCCAAAGCUGUGCGCCAUUUGUUUUUAUUUGAAAAGAUGCUUUUAAUUACCAAGAAGAAAGAAGACGGAUUACUUUGUUAUAAAGCUCUUAUCAUGUGUUCAAAUUUAAUGGUAAUCGAAAGUAUCGAAAGCGAACCAUUUUGCUUUCAAGUUAUACCUUUUGACUCUCCUCGAACUCAGUACACCUUUCAAUCGCGCAAUCUGGACCAACGGGAAUGGUGUUUGCUGAAAAGGUUAAUGUUGGAAAACUAUCCAAUGCCAAUUCCUUCCAAUGCAAAGCAAAUUGUCAUGAAAUUGGGUUUAACGAGUAAUUAUGGGUUCAAGAGUUCUGGAUCUGGAUCUGGUAAAGAAUCUAAAAGUAGUUAUAGCAGUGUUGGCUCAGGUCGACGAACACCUUCAGCUCCAGAAUACUUGGAGAAAAGGAAACAGGAAAGACGCAAAUCAGAUGCCGAUAGUCAUUCAACUAGUAAUAGUCUCCAUAAAGGUUUCAAAUUGAGAAAGUCAUUGAAAAAGAUUCAACCCUCGUUUGACCUUGCAAUGAUGAAUGGGUCUAAAAGAUCACGAAGUGCCAGUACCGAUGAGACAGCCAUGAAUCUAUUGAAAAGAGAGGAACAACUAAAGAUUGAUAGGAGAUCAAGUUUAGGAACCAUUAAACCUGCAAGUCUCCAGGAAGAGGAGAUGAACAACAGUCAAAGUGGUAACAUUAGUCUAACUUGCUGUGAUGUCAAAACAAUUAAUAAUAAUGAAACAAUAGCGACAACAACUUUAACCUCCUCCUCUUUACCUUCACCCAUAUUCAGUACAAACAGUAUCACAACAAUAUGUCCAAUGUCAAUAGUUACCUGUUCAACGACAACCCUUUCAACCACCACAACAAGCAGCAAUUCAUCUCUGGCAAGUCUAGAGAAAUCAUUGACUGACAAUGUUGAUGGUGAACGAAGCUAUUGGUCUGGUUUACGUCGAUCAAGUUCCAGGUGCUCGGCACGUAAAUUGGCAAAUGAUUAUCUGAAGCGAGCAUCAAUCAGUGAGGCUUGUGGUGAUGAUUACGUUUCCUUUUACUUUUGUGGCAAUGGUUUGGUUCGAAGGGAUUCAAUCAAUGGAAGUACCAGUUCCAAUGGUGUUGCCACUCUUGGUGAAGAGGACAAGUUGAGUGUAGGCAAUUUGGAUCCAUCGUCAAUUCAUGGAUACAGUUUAUCAUCUGGUUCUAGUAUGGCUUCAAUGGUAUCUUCAACAGCCUCUGAAAGCAAUUCAAUUAUGUGCAUAUGUAAAGCUUAUCGUCAAUUGAACUUACGUUCAACACCUAAACAAACACAGUCACUAUCUUCAUCCAAUUCAUCUUCAACUUCAUCUUCAACCACAUCUUUCACUUCAACAGAUUGUAAUAAUGUUACUGGAUCCAAUGUACAAAUUGUUGAGAGUCCUUAUGAUGAGUACAUACCUUGCCUUUGUGGUUCAACUUGCGAACAACGAUCUCGACUCUUUAAUUCGAAUUCGGGCGAAGAUUCUGGCCUUGGCAGCAUCUUUUCAGGAAGCUCGUCCAACAGUUCCUUCUCAGCGCGAACAUCAACACCUUUAUCAGCUGGUUCAAGUGAACUCAGUAUGGCUUCCUCGUCUCAUUCGUCAACCGAUGAUUAUCAUCACAUACUUAGCAAUUUAACUGGUGCUGUUGGUCGUCUAGGAUUAACCAAUGAUCAUUCAUCUUCUAAUCAUCUGAACAAUCCUCAUAAUGUUCGUAGAGCUCAAUCCUUUACUGGAAUGGUUAAAACAAAAACAGCUCUUCUCACCCACACAUUAUCCUUUCGACACUCACCUCAACUCGAUUUAACACCCUGCUGUAAUCUUACUCAUCACCAUCAAGUCAAUCAAUAUCAUGGUCACCAACAUAAUCACCAUCCACACCACCACCACCACCAUCAUCAUCAUUCUGGUAACAAUCAAAAGACUCAUCAUUACCACCACCAUCAUCAACAGAAGAACCCAAAUCACAGUCACCACAUCACCAGUCUAACAACCAUCGGUCACUCUUCAAACAAACCAUUACUCAAGCCAGCAACCUUGCCAUCCUGAACAAGAACCCAUCAACAAGAAUGGAACAAGUUGGACAAAAUUGUCAUGAAAAUGAUGAACAACUUGCAAAUUCACAUUCUGAUGAUUCUCCCGAUAUCUCUUGUUCCUCUUCUUCCUCUCCAUCUCAUCAUCACCAUUCUACACCCUCAUCAACCUGCAGUUCAAGCCAAACUUCAUCAACAACAACAUUCUCCUCAUCACCAUUUACAUCUCCUUCUCUGUCAAAUGUCUCAUUUUCACGUAAUUCAUCCAACGUCAGGCUUCCCUCGUCAACCUCAUUGGAAGAGA